CUGUUUUUGAAGUCCGACGACAAGGGCUUCUCUAGUUAGUUUAAUAUGAGCGAUAGAAAGAAUCGCAAUGCAGCUCGUGAAAUGACCGAUGACAGGGUUAGAGGAGUUGUCAAAUGGUUUAACGUCAAGGCUGGAUAUGGCUUCAUUACUCGGUCUGAUACCUCAUCCGACAUAUUCGUGCAUCAAACAGCUAUUUCGAGAAAUAACCCAGGGAAAAUGCAGCGCUCCCUUCAGGAAAAUGAAGAAGUUGAAUUUUUUGUUGUCGAGGGGGACAAAGGUGUAGAGGCCUCCGAUGUCACUGGGCCUGACAGAAGGCCGGUGAAGGGUAGUGCGUAUGCUGCGGAUCGUCCUUACGGGCGAAGUCCCAGGGAGUAUGGAGCGCGCGGUGAUAGAAAUGACUCAAAUGGUUAUCGAAGUAAUGGGUUUGGAUCGUAUCGUGGAAGAGGUAGAGGUCGCGACGGAGCCAGGACUGGCGGUGAUUUCUCAAGGAGAUUUGAAGAACGCAAUCCACGGGAUCGUAGUCGAGGAUAUGGUGUGAGAGACAAUGGUGGUUAUUACUCCAGCCCAUAUUAAUUUCAAUCUAUGUUGUACAUAUUGCAUUUUUAAUGUCUAAUUUGUACAUUUUAUCUCGUAAUACCUUGUUCUAGCUGAAAGUCAUUUUUCUGUGGAUAUCACGAUAUAUGCAUUUAUAUGUAUCUAAAAUAAAUUUUCGUUGGAAAUUAAAAACUUAGUGACUGCUCCCAGUCCGAGUAAGCUUCGCUUAGAGCAUGUGUUUUUACUCCGAAUUUGUCCUAUAAUCUGUUUUAAAUAAAAUAUAACUUGGUUUUGUAGAAAAACUGUCCUGCGAGCCUUUAAACUCGAG